AUGUACAUGCACUCAUUUCAAGGGGGUGCAACACUUCUCAGUUUGGGCCUAAUUUUUAUCCUAUAUACUAUGUUUGUAUGGUGGCGCGAUGUUCUACGUGAGUCCACGUUGGAAGGACAUCAUACCAAAAUCGUACAAUUAGGACCUCGAUAUGGUUUUAUUCUGUUCAUCGUAUCGGAGGUUAUGUUCUUUUUUGCUUUUUUUUGGGCUUCUUUUCAUUCUUCUUUGGCACCUACGGUUGAGAUCGGAGGCAAGGGCACCCUUUGGCCGUGUAGGUUUUCUAGGAGAGUGACACGGGCAAGGCUAAAUUCCACGCGGUUGUGUGACUUCCCUCGACCAACUAAGUGCAACACCGCGUUUUAG